AUGAAUGAAGAAACAGCUAUUCAAUCCAUUGAUAAUAACACCUCAACAAUAACAUCAUCAUCAUCUUCUACUUCUAAUGGAACAUUUAAAUUCAUGCUUGUAGGAGCACUUGCAGGAUUAUUUAGUGAUGCAGUUGUACAUCCAAUUGAUACUAUACGUACUAAUACUAUUUUACGUGCUGCCACUAACACUGCUACUUCUUUAAAUGGUAGUAUUAAUUCAUCUUCAUUAAAUACAAGUACAUUUAAAUAUUCAUUAAGAUCAUUAUAUAGAGGAUUUUCAGUUGUAUCAAUAUUUACCAUACCAGCACAUGCAUCAUAUUUUGUUUCAUAUGAAAAAUCUAAAGAAUAUUUAUUACCAAUUUUAAAUAAUGAUAAUUUAACAUAUUUAACAAGUGGAUUAAUAGCAGAUAUAUUUGGUGGAUUAUUUUGGUGUCCAAUGGAUGUAAUGAAACAACGUUUUCAAUAUCAUCAAAAAUUAACAUUUAAAGAUUUAUUUACAAA